AUGGGUCUCGGAGAAGAUAUCAAGAAGUUUGGUGAAGACGCAACCGGACAAGGUGGAAACGAUGGAAAUAACAACGCAAACAACUCCAACGGUAGUAACAAUAAAGCCGAAGAUACCAUAGUGGACUCUGCUGUCGACUCAGUUGCAAGCAAGGAAGGAAUACCUUCCUCAAUGGACCCUGAGAUUAACAACGUUGUCAAUGACGAGGUCAAUAAGUUUUAG